AUGGUAAGCAGAGAAGUACAACGAGAUGGGUGCCUGACCAAGCAGGCCAGAGCCUUUGCACAGUUUGGAACCACCGCUGUGCCUGCAGGGCCAGCUCUGGCAGUGCCUCAGAGCAGCACCCCUGGGUCUGGGAUCCCCGCCCCCCCCCGGCCCCGCCUCCGGGCCGCGCCCCCGCGUCGCGGCUCUGCGUCAGGCGGCGCGCGCCCCGCGUCACACGGCGGUGGCGGCGGCGGCGGCGGCGCGCGCGGACGGCGGAGGCCGCGGGGCCGGGAGCGGGGCCGCGCCCCCCAGGGCCCGGCAUGGCGGCGGGCACGCGCGCAGGAAAAGAGGACUGAGAUAUACAACAGUAAGAAAAACAGUAUGAUGGAUUCAGAAGGUUUUGCCCCAGCAGAUUCCAAGGAAGAGCUCAGCAGUGACAGUGCAGAUACCUCUGGUAAACAUUACCUAUGUGGCUACUGUGCAGCCUUCACAAAUAUAGCAGUUACUUUUCCCAUCCAAAAGGUCCUCUUUCGACAGCAGUUGUAUGGUUUGAAAACAAAGGAUGCAGUACAUCAGCUGCAGAAGGAUGGAAUGAGAAAUCUCUACCGCGGCAUCCUUCCUCCAUUAAUGCAGAAAACAACAACACUGGCUCUAAUGUUUGGCUUGUAUGAAGAUUUCUCAUCCUUGCUCCACAGCCACACAACCGCUCCUGAGCUCCUCACGCGCAGUAUGGCAGCCGUGCUUGCAGGGACUACAGAAGCUGUUCUUACACCUUUCGAGCGUGUUCAGACUUUGCUUCAGGACUACAAACACCACGAUAAAUUUACAAACACGUACCAGGCUUUCAAGGUACUGAAAGUGUAUGGGAUGAGAGAAUAUUAUCGGGGAUUGGUGCCUAUUCUGCUCCGAAAUGGACCGAGUAAUGUACUCUUUUUCGGUCUGAGAGGACCUAUUAAACAAUGCCUGCCUGAAGCAACUUCUUACAGCACUCAUUUGGUCAAUGACUUCAUUUGUGGAGGGCUGUUGGGUGCCAUGCUGGGAUUCUUGUUUUUUCCAGUGAAUGUUGUAAAAGCUCGUAUGCAAGCACAAAUUGGUGGUGAAUUUCAGUCCUUCUCAACAGUUUUUGUGAAGAUCUGGCUGGAACGUGAUAGAAAAUUGAUCAACCUUUUUAGAGGAGCUCAUCUGAAUUACCAUCGCUCUGUCCUGUCCUGGGGCAUAAUCAAUGCAACUUAUGAAUUCUUGCUAAAGCUGUUAUGAAAACCACUUAAUCUUCCUUCAGUCCUGCUGUUCUUUUGGGUGUUGGCAUGUUUGAUGUCACUUAAUCCCUGGGAACAGUUCCUGCAUAGCGUAAAAGGUAAUUCGUCUCGGCCUUCACUAUAUAUGGAGUAAAUGGUGAUGCAUCUAAACCUUGGUGCAAUUAUGACUAGCUUUUUAAAGUAUUUAUUUGCCAUCAGGUGAAUUUACCCAUAAUGAAACUACUAGACAAAUGCAAGAUAUAUGUAGAAAAGCAAACCAAAACCAAAACCAAACUGUGUAUCCAACGGGUUAUUCCAUAUCAACUCCCAACAGUUUUCAACACUCCGUGUCUGAAUGCGCUCCACUGUGCACGUUGUAGAACAUGAAAAUCAAGAAGGGUCUGAUGAAAACUAACUCUCUUGCUUGAUAAACUUCAAAAUCUUCAUUUAAGAACUAUGUUUUCAAAUGUUUUAGGGUCCGAAGUACUCAUUAUUGUUCAAAGCUAAAUGAACAAAUGCAGAUGGGGAUAACUAAGUUUUUGAAUUUUAUGCUUAAACUAAGCCUACACAAACUUUUCUGCCAGCUGUUGUGAUGCUUGGCUUUAACAGAACAUUUCAUUCAGCAGCGUAAAAGUAGUUACUGAAUGUUGACUCCAGUGUAAGCUGACUCAAGUUCAAAGUGGGAUUUGUGUGUGUGUGUGUGUGUGUGCAUGUGUGCACGCCUUCAUGUGGAAAGGGAAAAGUGGAAGGAAUGAAACAGAAACUAUACUGAAGCUUUAAAGUGUCCUUCCUUGUUAAAAUUCUUCUACUUGUAAAUGUGGAGCUUGUUCUGUGCUUUUUUUUUUUUUUUUUUUUCAUUCUUUUUCUGUUGUUUUACAGCUGUGGGGCCAGAAAGAAGACGGCUCUUUUUGUAAUGCUUGUGAAAUAGAUAAGCUUCCCAUUGUUGUAGAAGUAGGUCAGGAACAGCUUUUCUGUACUUAAGGUAUCUUGUCUUUUGCAAAUUACUUUUAUUUUUCACUUGGGCUAUGAGUUAAUUGAUCACAAAAAGUUUUUUUUUUUUUUUACCUGAAAAUUGGAGUUCGUCUCCUUGAUACGUACACUUAACAGUUCUGUAAGACAGAAUUGUACUGCAGCACUGAGAAGAUAAAAUUUCUGGGUCAUAACCCACAUUGGUGAAGUCUGUGAUUAUAGUACAAGAAGAUAACCAGAAGACAGACAAAGUUUGUGUGAGAAGCAGCUAAGUAGGAAAGAUGCAGCACUUGGAGAAGUGUCAGAAGACUUCUGUAGGCACGUGCUGUUAAAGACUUACAGAAGUGUGCAGUAUUGUGUGUCUUACAGGCUUAGAAGUUGAGAUGUGUAAGACUACAGUACUUAGGGAAAAGGACAGGAGAGGGAUAAGCAUGGUUAUCAUAAAGCAGGGGACGGUCCUAAUGAAAAGCGUUUGAGUCUCCUGGGCACUUUUUUUCAUUAAACUAUAUUUAAAGCCACCGUCAAUUUCUGGAAGAGGGAGGGCAGGAAAGCUUUCAGAAACUUUCCCAAGUUGUUCUUUUCAUAAACUUUGUAGUAGUUACUGCUUUUCUUGUUUGCUAGACUGUCUUAAAAUACUGGUUUUAAUCAGUGUGUUAUGAUUGUUAUCAUAAUAUACUCCGUAGCUUCACAGUCAAAAAGAGCCUGGCACAUUGCUAUAUCUGAAUGUUGUGGUUAUCUGCAUUGAAAUAAAAUGUUUAUUGAAUGUUUGUUAGUGGCAGAAUCUGAUUUUUACCAGUGUAUUGUUUUUUGUAAUCACUCCUUGAUGGAAUAAAAAAAAAUGUAUCCUGUU